AUGGCCUUCCUCUGGCUUCUCUCCUGCUUCACCCUCACUGGGGCCUCCUUAGGCUCUGGGGCCCCUGCCAGUGACCCGGAGCUGAGCAUUACACCCAGGAUCAUCAAUGGGAUGAACGCUAGGCCUGGCUCUUGGCCCUGGCAUGUGUCUCUGCAGACUUCCUCUGGAAUCAUUUUCUGCGGGGGCUCCCUCAUCAGCAAGUCCUGGGUGAUCACCGCUGCCCACUGCAAUGUCACGACGUCUGACCUGGUUGUUGGUGGCCAAUAUGACCUAAACUCACCUGAGGACAGCCGCCAGAUCUUGAAGAUUGCCCAGAUUUUUAUUCACCCCAAAUUCAACAUGAACGCUGUCUACAGUGACAUCGCCCUGCUGAAGCUGGAGGAGGCUGCUCACAUCCACCGGACGGUGUCCCUGGUUCUCCUGCCCAGUGUUGAUGACCACUUCCCUCCCGGGGCCCUGUGCUCUGUGCUGGGCUGGGGGGACACGCAGCUCAAUAGUGACAAGAUUCCUGACACGCUGCAGCAGGCCUACGUGCCUCUCCUGUCCCUGUCCACGUGCAGGAAGUACUGGCCCAGGAUCAUCACCAAGUCUCUGAUCUGCGCUGGACUCCAAGGUUCCUGUUCCUGCCGGGGCGACUCUGGUGGCUCCCUCUCCUGCAUGAAGAGUGGAGUCUGGACCCUCGUGGGCGUCAUGUCCUUUGCUAGUAAAACCUGCCCCACCAACAAACCUAUAGUGGCCACCCGUGUCAGCACAUUCAUACCCUGGGUUCAGAAUGUCCUGGCUCACAACUGA